GUUGAAAAUAGAUGUCAUAUGAUACCAAUUAUAACUCAGUGAGAUUUUGCAGUACCAAGAACCUAUACAGAGUGUAAGCCAAAAUGGAAGACGGUCCUGUUUCCUAUGGCUUUAAAAACAUUUUUAUUACGAUGUUUGCUACUUUUUUUUUCUUCAAACUCUUAAUUAAAGUUUGUUUGGCUCUCCUAACUCAUUUCUAUAUCGUCAAAGGAAAUAGAAAAGAAGCGGCUAGGAUAGCAGAAGAGAUCUAUGGUGGAAUUUCAGAUUGCUGGGCUGAUCGAUCCCCACUUCAUGAAGCUGCGGCCCAGGGGCGCUUAUUGGCCCUUAAAACUUUAAUUGCACAAGGUGUCAACGUGAACCUCGUGACAAUUAACCGGGUCUCUUCACUCCACGAGGCGUGCCUCGGAGGUCACGUAGCCUGCGCUAAAGCCUUAUUGGAAAAGGGUGCACACGUCAAUGGAGUGACAGUUCACGGAGCCACGCCCCUAUUUAAUGCGUGCCGGAGUGGCAGUGCGGCGUGUGUCAACGUGCUGCUGGAGUUUGGAGCCAAGGCCCAGCUUGAGGCGCACUUGGCUUCACCCAUCCAUGAGGCAGUGAAGAGAGGUCAUAGAGAGUGCAUGGAGAUCCUGCUGGCAAAUAACGUUAACAUUGACCAAGAAGUGCCUCAGCUUGGAACUCCCCUGUAUGUGGCCUGCACCUACCAGAGGGUAGACUGUGUGAAGAAACUUCUAGAAUUAGGGGCCAGCGUGGACCGUGGCCAGAGUCUGGACACCCCCCUGCAUGCCGCGGCGAGGCAGUCCAGCGUGGAGGUCAUCCACCUGCUAGCGGACUACGGUGCUACACUGAAGUAUAGAAACGCGGAGGGCAAAAGUGCCCUGGAUCUGGCAGCUCCGAAGAGCAGCGUGGAGCAGGCACUCCUGCUCCGGGAAGGCCCGCCUGCUCUUUCCCAGCUCUGCCGUCUAUGUGUCCGGAAGUGCUUGGGUCGAGCGUGUCAUCAAACCAUCCAUGAACUCCAUCUUCCAGAGCUGCUGGAAAGAUUCCUGCUAUACCGGUAGUCCCACCUGGCUGUAGGAAGAUACUUGGAAAUAAGCAGGUUGUUGCCUGCUGUAUCCAGGGUACCUAGUGUAGAUGCCCAACCACUAGACUCUGAGUAUCUUUAAAUGAGCUAAGUCAGUUAGCGUAGAUCCCUGAUGAACGGGAACACUUGAUGAGUGGAAACUCCUGGUUAAUGCUCUCAUUAACCAAGGGGCAACCAGGAGCCUUUUUUGUCUUUAGCUUUUGUUGUUAAGAAACUUUAAAAAUCUGCAAAGGGGAGUGAAAAUAAUCCAUGUUUGAAGAUUCAUGAUCUUUAAUUAUUGAAGGGUCAAUAUUCUGAAUAUCAUGCAGACACAUGUAAAUCUGGGUGAAUAAGAUUAUGAUGCAUUUAAGUAUUUCAAGAUGUGUUCCUGAUUUAGUUCCUUCCUCCUUUUCCCUUUCUUUCUUUGCUUCCAUGAAUAAACCUCUGCUAUAAUUUUGA